AUGACGUUCCAUUCAUACAAUUCUCAACCUGGCGUUCAAUAUCAACAACAGGCAGAUUACAGUUUCUAUCCAAAUCAAGCCGUCGCAACUGCAACAGCCAGUGCAUAUGCAGCUAAUGCGGCACAGUUCGCUUCUCAAUUUGCAAGUCAACAAGCAUCACAAGCUUCUUCUGCACCAGUAGCCCAGAUUGAUCAAGCUAAUCUCGCUAAAUACAGUCAAUAUCUUGAAAUCCUUCAGAAGGCAUAUGGAAUUCAGUUACCAGGUCAAUUGAGUCAAAAGCCCCAACCUGCUUAUCAGCAAUCAAGCUAUCCUUCAGCCACAGCUACAAGCUACCAGGGGGGAGCAGCAUCUAAUAUUUAUUCUUCUUAUGCUGGACAACCUCAAUCAACCUACUCUCAAUCUGUCGAGCAAACCUAUCCUGGAAGUCAAACAUACUCUCAGGCCAACGGACAGACAUACUCCCAACAGUCAGCUGCACAGUAUGGGCAAAACGCUCAAACAGGAUAUGUUGCACAAACUGCGAUUCCUCCAGCAGCAGCCGUAUAUGGUCAAGCUACUCAAUCUCCAGUUUCGGGACACAGUUUCAACGCAUACUCAGCCGUUGAUCAAGCCCAAGCUUCUGCUCAAGCACAAGCUGCUGCUCAAGCUCAAGCCCAAGCUCAAGCCCAAGCAGCCGCUCAAGCUCAAGCACAAGCUGCUGCUCAAGCAGCGGCUCAAGCUCAAGCUCAAGCUCAAGCUCAAGCCCAAGCCCAAGCCCAAGCCCAAGCACAUGCCCAAGCUACGGCACAAAACCAGAACUCUGCUUACUCUCAAUACGCUACAGCUCAGCAAGCUAACUCGGUUCCAGCCUCUUCUAGCACGUACGGUCAGACCUAUCCUUCAUAUCCAUCUAGCCAACAAUUGUCAUCCGCGCAAGCUGGUCAACAGUCUGUUUACCCCUCAUCCACGUACUAUGGUCAGCAAACGCAACAGCAACAAGCUGUAGCUCCAGCUCAGCCAUAUCCGAGUCAACAACAGACUUCUCAUUCUACUCAAUCUGGACAACCAGCGUACCCGGCACCUGGAUCCAACUAUGCAUCAAAUGGUUAUCCUCAAACACAAACUUAUGUUCCACCAGCUUCAUCUGUGUCACAAGGCUCUUAUCCUUCCCCAAGCUACCCUAGUGGUCCAGCUCAACCAAACUACGGACAACAGGAAAUUGCUGGAAGUCAUCAAUCUGCUGGUCAACCAGGACAAGCGAACAGUGGACAGCCUAGUUCUUCGGGGUACAACUCUGGAGCCCAACCACAACCAUCACCAUCAUCCUCUCAAUCAGCAAACUAUCAAAACGCAGCCUUGUCAAAUGUGUACAGUUCAUACUCACAGAACGGUCAACAAGUCACUCCUCCACCAAAACCACAGGUUGUGACCUACUCUGGUCCUGGUAGUCUCCAAUCCACUCCUGCUCCUGUAGCUCAACCUCAUUCCCCUGGCCAAACCGGACUUCAACCCCAUCCUUCCGCUCAGCAAACCGGACUCCAACCACAUCCUGUAGCAACAAACUAUCCUUCGAACCUUCCUCAAAAUCUUCGCCCUGCAGUGGAAGCGGGCAGACCAGCUUCAACCUACAGUACCCAUGUUGGGCAACCAGGAUAUCCUCAACAACCAUCGGAGUUGGAUCAUAACAGUAUUGGAGAAUCUGGUGGUUUCGUAGGAGGUGUAGAACAGCCUGAAAAUGAAUUCGGUUAUGAAACUUAUGGAACAGUGACUAACCCUCCACCUGUAUACACAGCUCCACCACCAACUACAAGACCAACUCCACGAGCAACACGUCCUCCAACUAGACCCACAACUACAACAUCUGCUCCUCGCACCAAUCCACCUCCAGCAACCAAGGGUCCGGAUGCCGUUGUUGGAAGCAGUGUUCAAGCUUUAACACAACAGGUUCGUAAACUGCCGGCUGUUCUCUACAUCGAUUCACGCAAUCCAAAAGCCAAAGAGACUGAAACUCUGCUCAGAGAUACAUACGGUCUUCCAUUGGUAGCCUUUUAUGUUGAUAAGAUUGAACGACCUAAAUUAGUUGAAAGACAUUUACAACAGUUAACAGCACAUAAAGGAUUACCUUAUUUGUUCAUCUGUGGAACGUUCAUCGGAAGUGAACAACACAUUGACAACUACCACAAGAACGGUCAAAUCCCACAAUUAGUGGAAUAUGUUUGUGGCGAUGAGAAGAAGAAAAAGAAAUCCAAGAAAACAAAUUCCAACUAA